AGGAACGGCGCGGGCGCUGUCCAGCGUGCUGAAGACGGAACGAGCGAGCCGACAGGAGCUGCGCCGACCCAGCUGAGCCUAGUCCACUAGACGCCAGACCUCCAUCAUCGCUCGUAUCCCAGCCACCGCUCGUUGCCGAGGCGGACGCGUCCUGAUCUUCCCCUCUCCCCACCCCGCCUCACCCUCCUCUCCACCUCCCUCGUCGUGACACCAACUGUCUCCGACAGUCCAUUGGUCAUGAAAUCGCUCAGGUUGCCGGCUUCUGCCCUCUUCUGCUUCCUUCUACUGAUUAAGGGGCUGGGAGCAGUGCCCCCAGGGCGCCCCGAGACGCAGCCACCUCCCCUCAGCUCUGAGCAUAAAGAGCCGGUAGCUGGGGACGUAGUGCCCGGGCCGAAGGGUGGUAGCGCCCCAGAGGUCCGAGCCGCUCGAAAUUCAGAGCCGCAGGACGAGGGAGAGCUUUUCCAGGGCGUGGAUCCCCGGGCGCUGGCCGCGGUGCUGCUGCAGGCACUCGAUCGCCCGGCCUCGCCCCCCGCACCCGGAGGCUCUCAGCAGGAGCCAGCGGAAGAAGCAGCAGAAGCUCUGUUGACCGAGACCGUGCGCAGCCAGACCCACAGCCUCCCAUCACCAGAGAUCCAAGCGCCUGCGGCCCCACCUCGUCCUCAGACUCAGGAGAAUGGUCCCGAGGCGGGCGACCCCUCAGAGGAGCUGGAGGCACUGGCUUCCCUGCUCCAGGAACUGCGAGAUUUCAGCCCGAGCAACACCAAGCGACAGCAAGAGACCGCGGCGGCAGAGACGGAAACUCGCACACAUACGCUAACCCGAGUCAACCUGGAGAGCCCCGGACCCGAGCGCGUGUGGCGUGCUUCCUGGGGAGAGUUCCAGGCGCGUGUCCCCGAGCGCGCCCCCCUGCCGCCCCCGGCUUCCCCGCAAUUCCAGGCUCAUAUGCCCGAGAGCGGCCCCCUUCCCGAAGCCCACCAGUUAGGGGAAAAAGUGCCCUCCCCCAAAACACACCUAGGCGAGGCAUUGGCACCCUUGUCCAAAGCGUACCAAAGCCUGGGCGGCCCCUUCCCCAAGGCGCGCCGGCCAGAGAGCUCACUCCUGGGCGGCUCCGAGGCAGGGGAGCGCCUUCUACAGCAAGGGCUGGCACAGGUAGAGGCCGGGCGCCGGCAGGCGGAAGCCACACGGCAGGCUGCCGCGCAAGAAGAGCGGCUGGCCGACCUCGCUUCCGACCUGCUGCUCCAGUAUUUGCUGCAGGGCGGGACCCGGCAGCGCGGCCUUGGGGGUCGAGGGCUGCAGCAGGAGGAGCGAGAGAGCGAGAGGGAGGAGGAGGCGGAGCAGGAGAGACGCGGCGGGGAGGAGAGGGUAGGAGAGGAGGAUGAGGAGGCGGCGGAGGCGGAGGCGGAGGCGGAGGAGGCAGAGAGGGCGCGGCAGAACGCGCUACUGUUCGCUGAGGAGGAGGACGGUGAAGCUGGAGCCGAGGACAAGCGCUCCCAGGAAGAGACCCCUGGCCACCGUCGGAAGGAGGCUGAGGGGGCAGAGGAGGGCGGGGAGGAGGAGGACGACGACGAAGAGAUGGACCCGCAGACGAUCGAUAGCCUCAUUGAGCUGUCCACUAAACUCCACCUGCCAGCGGACGACGUGGUCAGCAUCAUUGAGGAGGUGGAGGAGAAGCGGAAGCGGAAGAAGAAUGCCCCUCCGGAGCCUGUGCCGCCCCCCCGGGUUGCCCCCGCCCCCACUCAUGUCCGCUCUCCGCAGCCCCCGCCCCCCGCCCCCGCUCGAGACGAGCUGCCCGACUGGAACGAGGUGCUCCCGCCCUGGGAUCGGGAGGACGACGAGGUGUUUCCCCCGGGGCCCUACCACCCUUUUCCCAACUACAUCCGGCCGCGGACCCUGCAGCCUCCCGCUGUCUCGCGCCGUCGCCACUACCACCACGCCCUGCCGCCUUCGCGCCACUAUGCUGGCGGGGAGGCCCAGGCACCGCGCGCGCAGGAGGCGGAAGCGGAGGAGCGCCGGCUGCAGGAGCAGGAAGAGCUGGAGAAUUACAUCGAGCACGUGCUGCUCCGGCGCCCGUGACUCGCCUGGGCUCCGCCCUCGCGCGCCGCCGCCGCGCGCGCUGUCACCCCCCUCCGUGUCGCUCCUCCCCACUCUGGGUGUUUGCAUGCGUCCCGCCCCCACCUUCGGCUCCCGCCCCACCUCCGUCCGCGGACUGCCCCGCCCCCGGAUUGUGCCGGGACCUGUCAGACCUCUUCUUUGGUCCGAGGCCCGAACUCUACAAACUCACUCACUGGUGUCCGGGGGGACAGCCUAGGCGGGCGGGUGGUUUGUGCGAGUUCCUACCCCGCGCGGGGCGCCGUCCCCACUUAGUCCCUCUUGGGACGUCCCCGAAACCGGAAAAAGCAGUUCCAAUUGUGUCUGUCUCCAGGCCUUUGGGCCUCACACAAGCCUCUCCGCCCUCUCCCAAUCGCUGUGAAUUUACCCCUUUUCCCCCUUCUCUGUUGUAAAUACCCCUCACGGAGGAAAUAGUUUUGCUAAGAAAUAAAAGUGACUAUUUUAUUAGGA